AUGGAUCAUCUGUUGGCGCGCAUGUGGGAGGAGAUGGGUCUCGUGCGAGUGUACACCAAGCCACAGGGCCAGCAGCCCGAUUUCGCCGACCCUGUUGUGCUCUCCACCAUAGGGGCUCGUGCGAGUGUGCCCAAGCUGCAGGGGCAGCAGCAGCCUGACUUUGUGGACCCUGUCGUGCUCUCCACUGACCGUGGAGGGUGCACAGUGCGGGACUUCUGUGACCACAUUCACAGGGGGUUGCUCAAGGACGUGAAGUAUGUGCUGUGCUGGGGCAUCAGCGUCAAGCACUACCCGCAGCGCUGCGGCUUGGCGCAUGUUCUGCGGGAUGAAGACGUUGUGCAGAUCGUGAAGAAGAAGGUAAUGUGCUUCCUUGACUCAAUCUGGAUUUCAAGCCGUUCAAUCUGCCACUUCAGCAUCUGCCCCAUUCUCCCGCUUUCCAUCACCCCGCCCCAUUCUCCCUCCUUCCAUCACCCAGCCCCAUUCUCCCUCCUUCCAUCACCCCGCCCCAUUCUCCCUCCUUCCAUCACCCCGCCCCAUUCUCCCUCCUUCCAUCACCCCGCCCCAUUCUCCCUCCUUCCAUCACCCCACCCCAUUCUCCCGCUUUCCAUCACCCCACCCCAGUCUCCCGCUAUCCAUCACCCCGCCCCAUUCUCCCGCUUUCCAUCACCCCGCCCCAUUCUCCCGCUUUCCAUCACCCCGCCCCAUUCUCCCGCUUUCCAUCACCCCGCCCCAUUCUCCCGCUUUCCAUCACCCCGCCCCAUUCUCCCUCCUUCCAUCACCCCGCCCCAUUCUCCCUCCUUCCAUCACCCCGCCCCAUUCUCCCGCUUUCCAUCACCCCGCCCCAUUCUCCCGCUUUCCAUCACCCCGCCCCAUUCUCCCUCCUUCCAUCACCCCACCCCAUUCUCCCGCUUUCCAUCACCCCGCCCCAUUCUCCAGCUUUCCAUCACCCCGCCCCAUUCUCCCGCUUUCCAUCACCCCGCCCCAUUCUCCCGCUUUCCAUCACCCCGCCCCAUUCUCCCGCUUUCCAUCACCCUGCCCCAUUCUCCCGCUUUCCAUCACCCCGCCCCAUUCUCCCGCUUUCCAUCACCCCGCCCCAUUCUCCCGCUUUCCAUCACCCCGCCCCAUUCUCCCGCUUUCCAUCACCCCGCCCCAUUCUCCCGCUUUCCAUCACCCCGCCCCUUUCUCCCUCCUUCCAUCACCCCACCCCAUUCUCCCUCCUUCCAUCACCCCGCCCCAUUCUCCCGCUUUCCAUCACCCCGCCCCUUUCUCCCUCCUUCCAUCACCCCCCCCCCAUUCUCCCUCCUUCCAUCACCCCACCCCAUUCUCCCUCCUUCCAUCACCCCGCCCCAUUCUCCCGCUUUCCAUCACCCCGCCCCAUUCUCCCUCCUUCCAUCACUCCACCCCAUUCUCCCGCUUUCCAUCACCCCGCCUCAUUCUCCCGCUUUCCAUCACCCUGCCCCAUUCUCCCGCUUUCCAUCACCCCGCCCCAUUCUCCCUCCUUCCAUCACCCCGCCCCAUUCUCCCGCUUUCCAUCACCCCGCCCCAUUCUCCCGCUUUCCAUCACCCCGCCCCAUUCUCCCGCUUUCCAUCACCCCGCCCCAUUCUCCUGCUUUCCAUCACCCCGCCCCAUUCUCCCGCUUUCCAUCACCCCGCCCCAUUCUCCCUCCUUCCAUCACCCCGCCCCAUUCUCCCGCUUUCCAUCACCCCGCCCCAUUCUCCCGAUUUCCAUCACCCCGCCCCAUUCUCCCGCUUUCCAUCACCCCGCCCCAUUCUCCCGCUUUCCAUCACCCCGCCCCAUUCUCCCGCUUUCCAUCACCCCGCCCCAUUCUCCCGCUUUCCAUCACCCCGCCCCAUUCUCCCGCUUUCCAUCACCCCGCCCCAUUCUCCCGCUUUCCAUCACCCCGCCCCAUUCUCCCGCUUUCCAUCACCCCGCCCCUUUCUCCCUCCUUCCAUCACCCCACCCCAUUCUCCCUCCUUCCAUCACCCCGCCCCAUUCUCCCGCUUUCCACCACCCCGCCCCUUUCUCCCUCCUUCCAUCACCCCACCCCAUUCUCCCUCCUUCCAUCACCCCGCCCCAUUCUCCCGCUUUCCAUCACCCCGCCCCAUUCUCUCGCUUUCCAUCACCCGCCCCAUUCUCCCUCCUUCCAUCACCCCACCCCAUUCUCCCGCUUUCCAUCACCCCGCCUCAUUCUCCCGCUUUCCAUCACCCCGCCCCAUUCUCCCGCUUUCCAUCACCCCGCCCCAUUCUCCCUCCUUCCAUCACCCUGCCCCAUUCUCCCUCCUUCCAUCACCCCGCCCCUUUCUCCCUCCUUCCAUCACCCCACCCCAUUCUCCGUCCUUCCAUCACCCCGCCCCAUUCUCCCUCCUUCCAUCACCCUGCCCCAUUCUCCCUCCUUCCAUCACCCCGCCCCUUUCUCCCUCCUUCCAUCACCCCACCCCAUUCUCCCUCCUUCCAUCACCCCGCCCCAUUCUCCCGCUUUCCAUCACCCUGCCCCUUUCUCCCUCCUUCCAUCACCCCGCCCCAUUCUCCCGCUUUCAAUCACCACGCCCCAUUCUCCCGCUUUCCAUCACCCCGCCCCAUUCUCGCGCUUUCCAUCACCCCGCCCCAUUCUCCCGCUUUCCAUCAUCCCGCCCCAUUCUCCCGCUUUCUAUCACCCCGCCCCAUUCUCCUGCUUUCCAUCACCCCGCCCCAUUCUCCCGCUAUCCAUCACCCCGCCCCAUUCUCCCGCUAUCCAUCACCCCGCCCCAUUCUCCCUCCUUCCAUCACCCCGCCCCAUUCUCCCUCCUUCCAUCACCCUGCCCCAUUCUCCCGCUUUCCAUCACCCCGCCCCAUUCUCCCGCUUUCCAUCAGCCCGCCCCAUUCUCCCGCUUUCCAUCACCCCGCCCCAUUCUCCCUCCUUCCAUCACCCAGCCCCAUUCUCCCUCCUUCCAUCACCCCGCCCCAUUCUCUCCUUCCAUCACCCCGCCCCAUUCUCCCUCCUUCCAUCACCCCGCCCCAUUCUCCCUCCUUCCAUCACCCCACCCCAUUCUCCCGCUUUCCAUCACCCCACCCCAGUCUCCCGCUAUCCAUCACCCCGCCCCAUUCUCCCGCUUUCCAUCACCCCGCCCCAUUCUCCCGCUUUCCAUCACCCCGCCCCAUUCUCCCGCUUUCCAUCACCCCGCCCCAUUCUCCCGCUUUCCAUCACCCCGCCCCAUUCUCCCUCCUUCCAUCACCCCGCCCCAUUCUCCCUCCUUCCAUCACCCCGCCCCAUUCUCCCGCUUUCCAUCACCCCGCCCCAUUCUCCCGCUUUCCAUCACCCCGCCCCAUUCUCCCUCCUUCCAUCACCCCGCCCCAUUCUCCCGCUUUCCAUCACCCCGCCCCAUUCUCCAGCUUUCCAUCACCCCGCCCCAUUCUCCCGCUUUCCAUCACCCCGCCCCAUUCUCCCGCUUUCCAUCACCCCGCCCCAUUCUCCCGCUUUCCAUCACCCCGCCCCAUUCUCCCACUUUCCAUCACCCCGCCCCAUUCUCCCGCUUUCCAUCACCCCGCCCCAUUCUCCCUCCUUCCAUCACCCCACCCCAUUCUCCCUCCUUCCAUCACCCCGCCCCAUUCUCCCGCUUUCCAUCACCCCGCCCCUUUCUCCCUCCUUCCAUCACCCCACCCCAUUCUCCCUCCUUCCAUCACCCCGCCCCAUUCUCCCGCUUUCCAUCACCCCGCCCCAUUCUCCCGCUUUCCAUCACCCCGCCCCAUUCUCCCUCCUUCCAUCACCCCACCCCAUUCUCCCGCUUUCCAUCACCCCGCCUCAUUCUCCCGCUUUCCAUCACCCCGCCCCAUUCUCCCGCUUUCCAUCACCCCGCCCCAUUCUCCCGCUUUCCAUCACCCCGCCCCAUUCUCCCGCUUUCCAUCACCCCGCCCCAUUCUCCCGCUUUCCAUCACCCCGCCCCAUUCUCCCGCUUUCCAUCACCCCGCCCCAUUCUCCCGCUUUCCAUCACCCCGCCCCAUUCUCCCGCUUUCCAUCACCCCGCCCCUUUCUCCCUCCUUCCAUCACCCCACCCCAUUCUCCCUCCUUCCAUCACCCCGCCCCAUUCUCCCGCUUUCCAUCACCCCGCCCCUUUCUCCCUCCUUCCAUCACCCCACCCCAUUCUCCCUCCUUCCAUCACCCCGCCCCAUUCUCCCGCUUUCCAUCACCCCGCCCCAUUCUCCCGCUUUCCAUCAUCCCGCCCCAUUCUCCCUCCUUCCAUCACCCCACCCCAUUCUCCCGCUUUCCAUCACCCCGCCCCAUUCUCCCGCUUUCCAUCACCCCGCCUCAUUCUCCCGCUUUCCAUCACCCCGCCCCAUUCUCCCGCUUUCCAUCACCCCGCCCCAUUCUCCCGCUUUCCAUCACCCCGCCCCAUUCUCCCUCCUUCCAUCACCCCGCCCCAUUCUCCCUCCUUCCAUCACCCCGCCCCAUUCUCCCGCUUUCCAUCACCCCGCCCCAUUCUCCCGCUUUCCAUCACCCCGCCCCAUCCUCCCGCUUUCCAUCACCCCGCCCCAUUCUCCCGCUUUCCAUCACCCCGCCCCAUUCUCCCUCCUUCCAUCACCCUGCCCCAUUCUCCCUCCUUCCAUCACCCCGCCCCAUUCUCCCUCCUUCCAUCACCCCACCCCAUUUCUCCGGCUUUCCAUCACCCCGCCCCAUUCUCCCGCUUUCCAUCACCCCGCCCCAUUCUCCCUCCUUCCAUCACCCCACCCCAUUCUCCCUCCUUCCAUCACCCCGCCCCAUUCUCCCUCCUUCCAUCACCCCGCCCCAUUCUCCCGCUUUCCAUCACCCCGCCCAAUUCUCCCGAUUUCCAUCACCCCGCCCCAUUCUCCCGCUUUCCAUCACCCCGCCCCAUUCUCCCGCUUUCCAUCACCCCACCCCAUUCUCCCUCCUUCCAUCACCCCACCCCAUUCUCCCUGCUUCCAUCACCCCGCCCCAUUCUCCCGCUUUCCAUCACCCCGCCCCAUUCUCCCGCUUUCCAUCACCCCGCCUCAUUCUCCCGCUUUCCAUCACCCCGCCCCAUUCUCCUGCUUUCCAUCUCCCCGCCCCAUUCUCCCGCUUUCCAUCUCCCCGCCCCAUUCUCCCGCUUUCCAUCACCCCGCCCCAUUCUCCCGCUUUCCAUCACCCCGCCCCAUACUCCCGCUUUCCAUCACCCCGCAACAUUCUCCCUCCUUCCAUCACCCCGCCCCAUUCUCCCUCCUUCCAUCACCCCGCCCUGUUCUCCCUGUCAACGGGAGUGUAG